UUGAUAAUAUUGCGCGUGCGUACUACCGCACACAACACGGCUAGCAGUAAAGGCUUCAGGUUUAGCCACGAGUUUGAGUUUAUAUCAACGCCAGAAAAUCAAUAAUGUUUCGUAGAAAGCUAACAGCACUAGAUUAUCAUAACCCCGGCGGAUUCGAUUGUAAAGAUGAAACUCAGUUCAGGAAUUGCAUUGUUUGGCUUGAGGACCAAAAGAUCCGGCAUUAUAAGAUUGAGGAAAGAGGAAACCUGAGGAACAUCCCCAGCUCAGAGUGGCCUAAAGCUUACCAGAAGUACUUACAGGAUUUGAACUGUCCAUUUGAAGUGCAGGAGCGUCAGGAGGCAAUGGACUGGUUACUGGGAUUGGCUGUGAGAUAUGAAUAUGGAGACAAUGUGGAAAAGUACAAGAACGUGCAACCAUUAGCAUCUAACAGUAACAGCGACAAACCAGCUGAUCCCUUGGUUAACCUUGAUAGUAACUCGCCAGACUUCAAAGCAGGAGUCACUGCGCUCGCAAACAUCCUCAAGAUUCAGCGGCACGAUGACUAUUUGGUUAUGCUCAAGGCGAUACGAAUUCUGAUUCAAGAUAGGCUUUCCCCAGAAGCUAUAGCCAAAGCAAGCCAGAAUAAGGAGGGUAUUCCUGUAGCACUAGACAAACAUAUAUUAGGAUUUGACACAGGAGAUGCAACUCUAAAUGAAGCAGCCCAAAUCUUGCGUCUGCUGCACAUCGAGGAGCUGAGAGAGCUGCAGACAAAGAUCAAUGAAGCCAUAGUUGCUGUCCAGGCCAUCAUCGCUGACCCCAAGACUGACCACCGCCUGGGCAAGGUGGGCAGAUGAGACCAAGGGGCCCCUGUGUGUGUAUGAUAAUUCAAAAGGACAGGAAGAGAAGUUUGAUUUCUUUAAAUUUCUCUUUUUUGUUCAUGCCAAAUUGUUUUGUACAGCAACAGUUUAAGUUUACAACAAAAUAUCAACGUUGAAGUGACAGUUGCUUAUACUAGUUCUCUUGUAGUUUCUUCUUCACAUAUUAUUCAUCGGUUAUGUCAUUUUGUCUUUGCUACUCCUUAGCAUAGUAACCGUGCAGCAUCCAGGUAUCCCAUGUACAUUUCUACACCUCACACUAAAAAUAAUAUUGAAAUAAAAUCUUGGCUAAUCUACAAUUGCCAUGUCUUCCGACCCCACUUAAGGUCUUGUUGCAUAUUAGCACUACUGUUUAUUUGGAUGCAUAUUGGAAUGAUUUUUACAUUUCAUUUGGUUUGAAUUACUUACAAAAAUAUAAAAUGGGUGGACUUUGAAAGUACAAUUGUAUGUCACUGAUUGGAAGUAUGUUAUUUCCAUGUAAAUAAAAAGUACCAUGCCUUGAACAA